CGGCGGCCGGCAGGGGGCGCUAUAACGAACCGGGACGGCGGCGGCGGCCGGCAGGGGGCGCGGUGCCGCCGUCCCCCGCUCGCUCCGCUCCGCUCCGCUCCGCUCCUCCGCGCCGUUCGGCGGGGCGCUCGGUAUCGGGGAGACGGCGCAAGACAAAAGGCGCGGCGGCGGGGCGAUGGGCGGCGGGGCGGCGCCAUGAGGAGGAGACGGCGGAGGCGGCGGCGGCGGCGGCGAGGACGAGCAUGGCGGCGGGCGGCGGCGGGGCGCGGCGGGGGCUGCUGAAGCGGAAGCCGAACUUCACGCUGCAGGAGAUCGACAUCCUGAUGAGCGAGGUGCUCAAGUACGAGCAGCUGCUCUUCGGCGCCGCCGCCAGCACCGUUAACGCCUACGAGAAGCAGAAGAUCUGGUGGCGCAUCACCAACAAGAUCAACGCCGCCGGCCGCAACCAGCGCGACAUCGGUGAGGUGAAGAACCGGUGGCGGGGGCUGCGCCGUCGGGCCAACGAUAAGAUAACCCGGCACCGGCAGGAGAGGCAGGGACCCGCCGCUCGACCCGCCGUCAGACCCGGCAACGGCAACGGCAACGGGAACGGUUCCGGGCCAGGCCCGCCAGAGCUCGGCCCCGGGCCCGCUCCCGGUUGGGGACCGCGAGGCGCCGCCGGCAUCGACCCGCCGCUCCUCAGCGUCGAGGUGGUGGCGCCGCACGGCGUCAAGGAGGAGGCAGUGAAGGAGGAGCCGGUGGAGGUGAAGACUGAGCCCUUCCACAGCCCGGCCACUGACAGCAUCCCUGGCCGCGGCACCGAGCGCCGACUACCCCAUGCCGGCAUCCGCCCACCCAGUGAGCUGUGUGAGGGCUGGAGCCGGAGCCCCCCCCGCCCCGCACCCCCUGAACUCUCCCUCAGUGACCUGGGCGGGCAGCAGGAGCCAUUGGGCUCCGAUUUCCCGAGCAUCCUCUUUGAGCAAGAGGCUGAGCAUCUCAAUAACUGCGGCACGGGUGAACCGGUACCCCCCGGGACGAUGGGGCUGUCGGAUGGGGCACCCGACUGCACCCAGCUCACCCCGGCCGAAAAACGCAUCGUCCAGUCUAACGAACGGCUGGUGCAGGAGAUGCGAGCUUUCCGACGGGAAUAUGCUGAGAGCCGCCGGGAGACCACCUCCGUCCUGCGCGUCAUUGCCCAGGCGCUGGGCGGCCUCAGCCGCAGCCUGGCCGAAAUCCGUGACCUCUACCUCCGGGAGCAGGCGGUCCCCAAACCCUGAGCCCCCACGCAGCUGGCUGUGUGUGCCCGCGGCCGGCGGGGACCGCCCUGGGGACAGUUUCACCCCCCACCCCCAGCGCCCGGCUUGCUUCUUUUAUUAUUUUUAUUAUUUUUCCCCUUCAUCCCACUUAAAUAAAACUCAGAGCUGG